AUUCAAUCGAUUGAUGCUCGUCUUCAUGGUUACUGUUUUCUCUCUUAUAACCACCAGCCAACCGAAACCAGCAGAGAGCUCAGAACACAAACUCAGUAGUCUCGUCUAUAGAUAUACAAAUACCUACCUGUAGAUCUAGAGAGGACCUAUAGAGAAAGUUUAGAGAGAGAGAGAGAGAGAGAAUGGGGGAAGUGUUGGACAGUAGUAACGUAUCUUCCUCACCACCACCACAAGCUCUUCUCGAGAGGCUGAAAGAUUAUGGACAAGAAGAUGCUUUUGCCCUCUGGGAAGAGCUCUCCAAUGAAGAACGAGACCUCCUCGUCAAAGAAAUCGAGAACUUAGAUCUUCCGAGGGUCGAUCGGAUAAUUCGAUGCUCUUUUAAGUCACAAGGGCUUCCAGCGGCGGUGAUAGAGCCGGUGCCUGAGAGCAAUGUAUCGACAGUAGAGGAGCGGACAAUGGAAGAAAGAGAGAGAUGGUGGAAGAAGGGACUGAAGGCUAUUUCCGAAGGGAAGUUAGCUGUGUUGCUUCUUUCUGGGGGCCAGGGAACUAGGCUUGGAAGUUCAGAUCCAAAGGGUUGUUUUAAUAUUGGACUUCCAUCUGGGAAAUCACUUUUCCAACUUCAAGCUGAAAGAAUUUUGUGUCUUCAAAGAUUAGCAGCUCAAUCUGUAAAUGAGGGCUCUGCUGGUAUUGUGCCAAUACAUUGGUAUAUAAUGACUAGCCCAUUUACUGAUGAUGCUACUCGAAAGUUCUUUGAAAGCCAUAAAUAUUUUGGCCUUGAAACUGAUCAGGUCACCUUUUUCCAGCAGGGCACAAUACCUUGUGUUUCAAAGGAUGGUAGAUUUAUCAUGGAGACUACAUACAGAGUAGCAAAGUCUCCCGAUGGAAAUGGGGGAGUUUAUUCAGCCUUAAAAACUUCAAGAUUAUUGGAAGAUAUGGCCAUGAGAGGUGUUAGAUAUUUGGAUUGCUAUGGAGUUGACAAUGCUCUGGUUCGUGUUGCCGAUCCAACUUUCUUGGGCUAUUUCAUUGAUAAAGGCGUAGCUGCAGCUGCAAAAGUUGUCCGUAAGGCUUACCCGCAAGAGAAGGUUGGCGUGUUUGUACGGCGAGGUAAAGGUGGACCUCUCUCGGUUGUUGAAUACAGUGAGUUGGAUCCCUCCCUGGCUAGUGCAAUAAAUCAGGAAACUGGGCGUCUUCGCUUCUGUUGGAGUAAUGUUUGCUUACAUAUGUUUACAUUGGAUUUUCUGAACCAAGUAGCAAAUGGCCUCGAAAAAGAUAGCAUAUACCAUCUUGCAGAGAAGAAAAUCCCUUCAAUCAAUGGGCAUGCAAUGGGUUUCAAGUUGGAGCAAUUCAUAUUUGAUGCAUUUCCUUAUGCACCUUCCACUGCACUUUUUGAGGUAUUGCGUGAAGAAGAAUUUGCACCCGUAAAGAAUGCCAAUGGGUCAAAUUUUGACACUCCAGACAGUGCUCGACUUCUUGUUCUCCGUCUUCACACUCGUUGGGUGGUUGCUGCAGGGGGCUUCUUAACGCAUUCGGUUCCCUUAUAUGCAACUGGUGUAGAGGUCUCACCACUUUGUUCGUACGCUGGCGAAAACCUAGAAGCUAUUUGCCGUGGAAGAACAUUUCAUGCACCUUGUGAAAUCACAUUCUAGAGACAACUUACGGGACGUAUCAUGAUUGAGCAGCUUUCGAUGGUGUUUUAUGUUUCUUUAAUAGAUUAGUAUGAAUUUUUUUUUUCUCACACGGGAAUGGAGAUAUAAAUUAGUGAAUAAAAUGAUAGUGUUUGAAUGAAAAAUAGUUUUGGCUUAUUUUGAGGAAAGAUAGGAUGUUAUUUGCUUUUAGCUCGGAUUAUCAGUUGCUUUCUGGUGCUUGGAACGUGUGUUGGUCGAGA